AAGAAACCAACAUAAGUAUAAAAAAAUAUUAAUCAGAUUAUGAUUAAACUAAAUAAAAUACGAGAUAAGUAAUUUCUGCUAAAAGUAAAUCCCCCUUUAAAUAAAAAUAUUUAUAUUAAAAAAAAAAAAAAAACAAAAAACAAAACAUAUAAAAGACAGAGAGAAAUCAUCAAGCAGCAUCAGUACGUAAUUACUUGUUAAACUAAGCAAAUCUAAAGCAAAAUGAAAUUCGUUUAUUUAUUGGCCAUUUGCGUUUUAUACAUGGCCGCCAUGGCAUCGGCUCAGAAAAAGUUUAACUUGCCUCCUCCAGAACCCAAAAAUUUGCCCCAGUUGAGCGGCGGCGGUGGCGGCUCCCGUAAACAAGGCUUUGAUGUUAGUUUAGAUGCUCGUCAAAAGGUUUGGGAAAGUCAAAAUAAACGUCAUUCUGUUGAUGCCACGGUCGGUUAUUCUCAACAUUUGGGCGGACAAUAUGGCAGUAGUCGUCCUUCUUAUCGUGGUGGUGUGGGUUAUACUUAUAAAUUUGGCAAAUAUGACUUUGUCAUUAAGGGUCAUGAUGCUGUGCCACAUUCCGCUCCCUAUAUUGUUUCGUUGAGAAAAACUGCCAAUAAUUCACACAGUUGUGGUGGUACUAUCAUUGCUAAGGAUUGGAUUCUGACUGCAGCCCAUUGCAUUAUCGAUUGGGGAAAGGUACAUGAGAAAUACACUGGUGGUGUUGGGCCUUAUGAUAUUGCCAUAUUAGAUCUGUCGGAACCUUUGGAAUACAAUUCUUACGUUCAACCUGCUUCAUUGCCUGCCGCUGAAGAAAUUCACUCUGGUGAAAUCCAUUUAUAUGGUUGGGGACAACCUAAAGCUUACAUUUUAACUGGGAGGCUUUACAUUCAUGAGACCAAUUUGUGCUCUGACUCUUUACAAACAAGUAUUUCUGCUUGUAAUGGUGAUUCUGGUGGUCCUUUGGUCAUUGAACAGGAGAAUGCUCCCUCGGAAUUGGUUGGUAUUGUUUCCUGGGGUUACAUUCCCUGCGGUUUGGCCAAAUUACCUUCCAUUUAUACCCGUGUUUCUGCCUACAUAGACUGGAUUUUAAACUUGCCUCCACCAACACCAAAAACUUUGCCCCAACUUAGUGGAGGCGGUGGUGGUUCCCGUAAGCAAGGCUUUGAUGUUAGCUUGGAUGCCAGUAAAAAGGUUUGGGAAAGUCAAAAUAAACGUCAUUCUGUUGAUGCCUCCGUUGGCUAUUCUCAACAUUUGGGAGGACCUUAUGGCAAUAGUCGUCCAGAUUAUCGUGGUGGUGUUGGUUAUACUUAUAAAUUUGGUAAAAAGCUAAAGUCAAAGUAUAAAAUGAAAUUCGUUUAUUUAUUAGUAAUUUGCGCUGUCUAUAUGGCGGCCAUGGUAGCUGCAAAGGACAACGACUUUAAGUUGAAAUUACCUCCACCAGAACCGAAAAAUCUGCCCCAAUUGAGCGGCGGUGGUGGCGGCUCCCGUAAACAAGGCUUUGAUGUAAGCUUAGAUGCUAGUCAAAAGGUUUGGGAAAGUCAAAAUAAACGUCAUUCAGUUGAUGCCUCCGUUGGUUAUUCGCAACAUUUAGGCGGACCCUAUGGCAACAGCCGUCCAGAAUAUCGUGGUGGUGUUGGUUAUACUUAUAGAUUUGGUAAAAAGUAGUUCAUAAAUCUUUUAAAUGAAAUGUUUCCGUGGUAUUAGUUUAAAACAAUAAAAAUUAUUGAAAUCCGAGAAA